UGGCAACUUUUAUUUCUGUCUCUAAUUGUAUUCUCACAUUCGUAAAUAAACAUAUUAUUUUAUAAUUUGUAGAUAGCUGCAAAAAUUUAAUAUGGACUAUAAUAUUCAUAAAAUUUGCCGAGUGUGUCUAGAAGAAGGGGCACUUACGUCCAUAUACAGUACUGAAUUUGCGAUGAUGCCUUGCACUAUGUUGAUGAUGUGUGCCAAAAUCAGGGUUUAUAAAAGUGAUGGUUUACCUGCAGUCAUAUGCAAUAAUUGCAUUUAUCGUUUGGGUGUGGCGUACCAUUUCAAACAAGAGUGCGAGAACUCUGAUAUGAGACUGCGACAAUACUUGGGUUUGCAGGACAGAGGAUAUGGUUUUUGUGAUGCCGAAACGAACACAGACUUGCCAGUUGAAUCGUUGAGCCAUAAGACACACACAUACUUGGAGCCCGAUUCUGAAGAGGAAUCAGAUAUGGGCGAGAAUGUUAAGAAAAGUAAGCGUCGUUCACGUUAUCAGCGUAAACCACCGGAGGAGCAUAAGCGUCGUGGUCCGAAACCUUUGCCGAAACUACCACAAACAUGUUAUGAAUGCAACAAAACCUUCAAGUGCUCCGCUCAGCUGCAAAUGCAUUUGCGCACACACACAGGUGAAAAACCAUUUGGCUGUAGCUAUUGCCCGCGACGAUUUGCGCAAAAGUAUAAUUGGCACAUACAUCAGCGCACACAUACCGGCGAACGUCCGUUUCAAUGUGAGAUUUGCUCCAAACAAUUCUCCGCACUGGGCAACUUUCAAGCACACCAAAAGAUACACACCGGCAUACGAGAUCAAUUGUGUCCAGUAUGUCAGAAGGCUUUCUACAGUGUCGGUGAUCUCUCUAAACAUAUGGUUACACAUACGCAGCUAAAAAGCCAUCAUUGCGAUGUGUGUGGCAAGUCAUUUAGUCGGCAACGUGAUAUGCAAGCGCAUAAACGUAAACAACAUACACUACACGAACGCAGCGAAGAUGAUGAGGAUGAGGCAGUCGAUACCACCUGUCCUGAACCGAUAGUUGUUGUGGGUGGUGUCGUGCCAAACAGUUCACUGCAAGGUACAACUGUUCUGCAGGAAAGUUUCAAAUGUCCCGACUGUGACAAGGAAUUCGGUUCGGCUAGCAGCUUAAGUGUGCAUUUUCGUUCUCAUGCCAAUAGUAAUCUGCUGAAUUUACCACUCACAAGUCAAAUGCCGCAUCAUUAUCAUGCAGCGGCACCACCAACACAUGCUACUCUCACACAUGAUGGCCUACAUCCGCACACACAUCAUUUGCCUUUGAACACACCAUUGCAGCCCAAUCAUGCCACGCAUAUGACACAUCAUCCGACAAUGGCACACAUGCUUGCAGCAGCACAACCGCCGCCUCCACCACCGCCUGCAGCGUCGGCACAAAGCACUGCCGCACUAAGUAUGAUGCAUGCGGCGCAGCGUUUGCAUCCUUUUUAAGACGCAGAUUGCUAAAUAACAGUAAAUAAGUUAUUAUUGCGGGUAAUCUACAAAGCAACGACCAUAACAGUUGUUUACAACAGCGCAAGCCACAAUUUGAUAGCAGCUUGCUGCUUAUUAAAUCGAUAUCUUCUUUAGUAUGUUUGUGUAUAUUUAUUUUUACGUAUAUGUAUUGUAUAUUGAUAAAGUGUAUACAAAUGUGAAUGUUUUUCAUUUAAUUAUGCACGUAUUGUAAAAUUCAAUAUAAAAAAACGCUAAUACUUAAAUAAAAAAUUGUAGUAUUAUAUUAUAAGUAAAUAAAAUUAAAUUUGGCAAGCACAGCUUCUCAUAUUAUGAAUAUGUAUAAAACACAUGU